AUGUCCUGGAGACACACUGUAUCAACACCACGAGCACGAUCCUGGGCAAAUUUAGCAACUCGACGGGCACAUUCAUCAUCAUCAACGGUCACAGAACAAUCAAGAGCUGAGGACAGCCCUACGGCGUCAACAUCGGCAUCUACUGUCUCACCAUAUACAGCAGGCAGCGCUAGUGCCAAGUUAUUUUCCGAUGCACUUACUGAAGAACAACGUCCACCCUCCGCGCGGAUCCAGCAGCUCCUGAACAAGGAAGAGAACUGGACUGGUGAUGAGAGGAUCGAGGAUACGGUAUUGAGAAUGUUAGUGGAUAAGUACAAGCCAUUAAGAGGAGGUACGGUACGCACUGCGGAGGAGAAGAUUAGGCAAAGAAAGGAGGAGGUCAUCCGACCCUCCAUUGGACUGAAGCACGAGGAGAAGGAGGAAAUAGGACAGAGAAUUGUGAUUGCUCCGGUAUCUACGUCGAAGCCAGUGGUGGAUCCUGCAACUCACCGGCCUUGGCACACUACGUUCCGGGCACCAUCUCACAGUACUACUUCGCAGGUCAAAUACGGCAACCCCAUUCGCUCUAGCCCUUCGAACAGCAAGACUCCCCAGCUCCCUGCUGAUACACUUGCAGACCCGCGGUUAAGAGCAGCGGCCAAGCUCGCUAGGAAGAGGGUGGAGCAUGCGGGAAGGAUUGUAGGAGCGAGGGAGAGGACGCUGGAUUAUCGACUUGGGACGAGAGGGACGGGUGGCAGAGCGGAGAAUCCCACAAGUAUGAGAGGGUGGACGUCACUAGUUGAAGAUAUGAUUGAGCAAGCACGCUUGGCUGGCCAGUUUGAUGAGCUCAGCGGGAGGGGAAUGCCGAUUGUGCGAGAGUUGGAGGAGAGCAACCCAUUUCUAGGGAGAGAAGAGUUCUUCAUGAACAGGAUCGUGAAGCGGAACGGCGCCGCACCGCCGUGGAUUGAGGUGCAGAAAGAGGUAGAAGACGCCUUAAACACCUUCAGACGCAUCAUACAAGAGUCUUGGGUGCGACGGGCAACUCGCAUGCUCACUCACUCCCAACCGCCCAAUACUCUUCGGCAUAUGUCACUGCUUGCCGCCUCGCGCUACCGUGACGCCGAAUGGGAGCGACGAGAGCUGGGGUACCACACUACCGCUAUCGAGGAGAUCAAUGGACUUAUAAGGAAGUACAAUGCGAUGGCGCCGUAUGCGGUUCGGAGGACGUAUGUGACACGAGAAGCAGAGCUGCAGAGGAUAUUCGAGCAGUCCGGGGACGAGAUCGUCAAGGCUUUCCGGAAUGUCUAUGGGCCGACACUUAGCGGACACAGUGCAACUGGUGUGGCUGAUGAAGAAGAGAGCAAGGGAAUGGGCCCAGGGUUAGGGAGAGCAGAUCCGAGUGGAAGGAUGGUGGGGUUCAGCUUGAGGGUGUUGAUUGCACGGUUGAUCACGAAGUUGUCGAUGUAG